UAUGUGUCUGUUCGAUCUUCAUACACAGUUCAUAUCUAGAUUAUAUAAUCUUAAUGAGUUAUAAAUUACGUAUGAAACUGAUAGAAAAGGUUUCAAUUAUGUUCACUUAUUAGCCAGUUAAAAAAAUAAACUCACUGAUGUUUCAGUUUUAUGCCAAAAUUGUAAUUUAACCAAUAACAUGAAAUUGGCUCUAAGUAAUGUGAUUUCUACUUUUAUAAUUACUUGUGUUCUUGCCAACUCAAUGUUUUAUGGAAAAACAAAGUAUUCAACAGAUGAGAUGAAGGAGCUAGGAAUAUACAAGUCAUACAAGGAUCUCUUAUUGGAUCUCACAGGACCUAGAUUCAAUAACUCCUCUAUAGUCGAGAACCUAGUGAAUGUGUUCAAGGCACAGUGUAUUCCACCACAGCCCCCUCCUCAGCUCUCCCACCGUAAGGUGUUUGUUGUCAUCGAAGGCACGCAUAAUUCAGGUAGGAACAACAUGUUGAGAAGGCUGGCUCAGACAUAUCAAGGCUACGCGUUGCAGAAUCCACCAAGAUGUUUGGCCCAUCUCAAGAAUAGCUUCUUCGGCACCAAGUUCGAGCGCAAGGCGUACCUCAGUCUAUGCAACUACGCAAUGGCCUUUGAUAUCCAAAGUGUAUGGCACUUACAUCCAGUGUUCUUAUCCUCAUAUUACUAUGACCAUCUGUCGUUCAACCUAGCCUGGGGACAUGACAAACCCGAGGACUUGCCACCUAUUGGCUCCAACAUCUACAGCUGGCCUGAAGAUCUGCUGGUUCCAGAUCUGGUUGUCCUGCUCAAUGCACACCGCAGCAUCCGCAACCGUAUCUCCACCACAAAAGACAACUACCUGUUCCAAAGGAAAAUCGUAACUUCCUUCGAGAGGUUUUCAGAUCCACCAGUCUUAAUGGUCAACGCCACAAACUUCUUUGAAGACUCGUUUUACAAAAUAAAAAAUCAGAUCCAAAAGUUAUGGGGAUACACUAUGUCUAUAAAUGUACCACCUCCAAAAUAAAAUAUUACUGACAA